GCCCCUUCCACCCACCCACUGACCUGUUCCCCACAUGCCCCACCCCCUCCUGGCAUCCAAAGGGAUACCAGGCCCUCAGAGAGGGAAAACGCAAAGGGAGAAAGAAGUGGCACCAGAAGGGAAGGAGAUAUCUGUAAAGGAAGGAAGCUUCAGGAGAGCAUGAAAGAAAGGAAAAGCGGUGCCAAGAAGCAAUUGCCUUGAACACAGAGGAGCGUCCGUUCACUGUCAAUAUCAUCUCUCGCUGCAUCCCGUGAUGGAUAUACUAUUUGGCAGAGAUAAGAAAGAACAACGAGAGCCUGUGAGAGCCAAAGUGACAGGUGGGCAUUCUUUUCAGACUUACAUUCACGUAAUCGACCGAAGGACCGGGAAGCCCGUGCCCACCAUGUUUUACACGGACCCUAUGGUGGUCUUUCAUCAUGUCAAUGCCUAUGAAGAGGACGGCUGCCUCCUGUUUGACGUUAUCGCCUACGAGGACAGCAGCCUCUACCAGCAUUUCUACUUGGCCAAGUUGAAUCAACUCUUUGAAGAGAGCUCCAAGGUCACCUCCAUCCCCACCCUCAAGAGGUUUGCCGUCCCCCUCUGCACAGACAAGAAUGCAGAAGUGGGCUCAAAUUUAAUCAAACUGGCGUCUACAACAGCAAGAGCCCUGAAGGAAAAGGAUGACCAAGUCUACUGCCAGCCAGAGUUGCUUGUUGAAGGUAAAAUGCACCCUCUCUCCUUGUGUUUAGGAAAGGGCAACAUUUCGGACGGGAUGAAGAGGAAGAGUCCCUUGAAGCACACGGAGGUGCUCUGCUCCAUUGCCUCCCGCUCACUCCUCUCCCCGAGCUAUUACCACAGCUUCGGGAUCACCGAGCACUAUGUCGUUUUUCUGGAGCAACCUUUCAAGUUGGAUAUUCUCAAGAUGGCGACUGCGUACAUCCGGGGAGUGAGCUGGGCUUCCUGCCUGACUUUCCACAAGGAGGACAAGGUUGAUUAUCGCAAAUAUGUGACUGUAAACCUGGCAACGGCGCAUCCUCAUUAUGAUGCGGCUGGAAAUGUCCUCAACAUGGGCACAGCCAUUGUGGACAAGGGCAAGACCAGAUACGUGAUCUUUAAGAUCCCCGCCGCAGCCCCAGGUGAAGUCCAUUACAGGAGCAGAUACCUGAGAAGUGACACCUAUAAUGCCAACAUUGAGGCAAACAGGAUUGUGGUGUCUGAAUUUGGAACAAUGGCCUAUCCAGACCCCUGCAAAAACAUCUUUUCCAAGGCUUUCUCCUACCUGUCCCACACGAUCCCCGAUUUCACAGACAACUGCCUGAUUAACAUCAUGCGGUGUGGGGAAGACUUCUAUGCGACCACAGAGACCAAUUACAUCAGAAAAAUCAACCCUCAGACCUUGGAAACUCUGGAAAAGCUGGAGGUCGAUGCCAUUCUGGAGUCCACAUUGGAGGGGCCUUCCUGUUCUCAGGGAAGAAGCAUGCUUCCCAACAAGUCAUUCAUAUGUUUUUCCUCUCUGGAUCUACAGAUACUAAAAUAUGACAUUCUCACGAAGUCCUCCUUGAAUUGGGGAGAGGAGCACUGCUGGCCGGGGGAACCCCUGUUUGUGCCCACGCCAGGUGCCAGAGACGAGGAUGAUGGAAUUAUCUUAUCAGCCAUUAUCUCUUCGAAUCCCCAAAAGCCGCCUUUCCUGCUUAUUCUGGAUGCCAAAAGUUUUACAGAACUGGCUCGCGCAUAUGUUGAUGUAGAGAUGCACCUGGAUCUCCACGGGUUAUUCAUCCCAGAUGCGGACUUGGACUCAAGGAAACAGGUCCCUUCCCAGGAAGUCCAGGACAAGGCUUCAGACUGCCAUGUGGCCUCACAGACCUGACUGGCUCGAGGCCCUGGGGCGAACCCCCCACUGCAGGCUCCCACAGGACCCAAGGUUUAAUCCCUCCCUGGGUGGCAGGGAGGUGUUUCCUUUCAUUUUGUGCUUAUUCUUUUGGUGUUUGCUUUGAGACAAAGGUAUGGAGAUAGAGUUUAUCAGUAUCUUUUCUUUCAUUUUAUUUUGGCCAUAAAAGCCUUGUUUGAAAGUCAGUCAAAUACUUAUUGAUAAGUUCUCACACUUCUAAGAAAGCCCCUUUCCUAUAAAGACCAUCACCAUGAGUUAGAAAUUGUGUUAAGUCACAUAUUCAUCAUUCUUAGAAUGAGCAACCACUGACAUAUUAAAGAAGAGACAAAUAAAUACUUACCAUUGCUCCUUCCUCUCCCCGUUCCUUUUCUUCUUUCUUCCCAGUAGACUAGACUGUGCAUCUCGGAGUUCUAGCUUUCUCAGUCAUGCCCUGUGAGUGAGUUAUGUGGCCGGGAAGGCAUGUUGCUUUGUGGUCAUUCCAUGCAAGGCAUGGCAUAAUAGAAAAUAAUAAAAAGUUUAAUGUCUGU